UCUAUACGGUCAGCCUCCUCCGAUCAAUGUGGAGAGACACGUGACCUUGACAGCGAUUCUGGGAGGAGCUACACUGACCAUGUGACAGGAAACUACAACUCCCAGCAUCCUCUGCAGCUGGAUGACGCGUAAUUUCCGCGCCGGAGAGGCAGUCAUGAAUGGAUCCUGCGCGGUGUUCGCUCUUCUCCGAUCUUCUCACACUUUACUCCUCGGGGGUCUGCAGGCGUCUCACCGAAGCUCCUCCUCCUGGGCCGGCCUUAAGAAGCGCAGUUAUUGGAGGUACCUGAAGAGGUCAGUCCUAGGCACCCCGCCCCCGCCGUACAAGCGAGUGACGCAGACCGGAGAUCCCGUCUUACGCGGUCAGGCUCAGCGCGUUCCUCCAGAACACAUCCCCCGCCCCGAGACGCAGGCCUUACUGCAGAGGAUGACGCAGGUUCUGAGGGGGUGUGGCUGUGUGGGACUGAGCGCCCCCCAGCUGGGGGUUCCUCUACGUGUCAUGGUGCUGGAACUCCCCCAACAUCUCUGCCAGAUGGUUCCUCCCGAUGUGCGGGCGGCUCGAGAAAUGGAACCUUUCCCACUCAAGAUCUUCAUUAACCCGACCAUGAGGAUCCUGGAAUCCCGAACAAUCCACUUCCCGGAGGGGUGCAGCAGUGUGCAGGGCUUCUCCGCCAUCGUCCCCCGCUGCUACUCUGUGCAGGUGACAGGGCUGAAUGAGAAAGGGGAGGAGACAAGCUGGAGGAGCCGGGGCUGGGCGGCCCGCAUUGUUCAGCAUGAGAUGGACCACUUAGAUGGCGUCCUCUACAUCGAUAAAAUGGACCCCCGAACCUUUGUGAAUGUGUGCUGGAUGGAGGUCAAUGACUGAUGGGCAAUCCCAGCAUGGCAAACUCAGGGCGCCUCCUAGUGGUGAGGAGAAGUACUGCACCCCAGAGAGCUGCAGCUGAUAAAUGGAACUUUUUCUCUGACCCGACGCCGAUCUUUUCUCUGACCCGACGCCGAUCUUUUCUCCGACCCGACGCCGAUCUUUUCUCCGACCCGACGCCGAUCUAUUCUCCGACCCGACGCCGAUCUAUUCUCCGACCCGACGCCGAUCUUUUCUCCGACCCGACGCCGAUCUAUUCUCCGACCCGACGCCGAUCUAUUUCUCUGACCCGACGCAUUCUCUGACCCGACGCCGAUCUAUUCUCCGACCCGACGCCAAUCUUUUCUCUGACCCAACGCCGAUCUAUUUCUCUGACCCAACGCCGAUCUAUUUCUCUGACCCCACGCCGAUCUAUUUCUCUGACCCGACGCCGAUCUAUUUCUCCGACCCGACGCCGAUCUAUUCUCCGACCCGACGCCGAUCUAUUCUCUGACCCGACGCCGAUCUAUUUCUCCGACCCGAUGCCAAUUAAAUGUCAGAUUCUUUCACACAAA